AGUAAUUUAAAGAUCUGCGUCAGAAAGAUCUCAUCAGAAAAAAUGUUGUAUUAUUAAAUAAUUAUCAGCGAAUCUUUUGGUGAUGUGUUCAGAAACAUCAAGAUUAUCAUUAAAAUAACAUUUUUUUAAAAUUAAUUUACAGUGAAGAAAAUACUUUUUUUUUAAUGGUAAACCGUGCGCGAGGCACCAAGCCCCCAUCUGAUGACUGGAUUUGAGUCGGGCAUUGAGGGAGACAUCAUUUUUCAUACAUAGACGAUCUUUGGUUACAAAGCUCACAAGGAGAAACAUGGCAGACAGCGCGGCUAAACGUGAGACAGACAGUGCUGAAACCGACGAGUUGUCUCCGAAAGUUAAGAGGGCCAAGGCUGACAAUGAGAAUGGUGGAGGAGAAGCUGGAGAGGAACCUGAAUCUGGCGUUAUUCUGUCUGGGUUUAAAACAUCUGCCGUGCUGAGAGAUUCUGCCCGGGAGAAAAACAUCUUUAUCCAUGGAAAGUUUGCUGAUCAGGACGCUGUGGUCAUUCUGGAGAAGACUCCCAUCAGAGAAGACACCCUGGCUGAGCUGUUCAGUGGUUCCAAGCUGAAGCUGGACAUGAGAAACGACAUCUACAGCACGUAUAGGCUCCAGGCUCCCCCUCACCUCAAUGAGAUUAAGGCCACAGUGGUGUGUCCAGCCACAGAGAAGCACGUAAAGAAAUACCAGUGUCAGGACAGUUUUCUGGUGGAGGAGACGGAAAAGGACUAUGAGUCCAUCACUCUGCCCUACAUUCAGAAGCAGAGUUUCAGUGUGCAGUGGGUAUACAACAUCCUGGAGAAGAAGGCAGAGGCUGGGAGGAUAGUAUAUGAAGAUCCAGACCCUGAAGUUGGCUUUGUCCUGCUCCCUGAUUUCAAAUGGGACCAAAAACAGGUAGAUGAUUUGUACCUGAUUGCCAUAACACAUCAGAAGAACAUCAAGAGUCUGAGAGACCUGACGUCAGAGCAUUUACCACUGCUGCAGAACAUCUUCCAGAAAGGAAAGGAGGCCAUCCUGCAGAGGUACAACCUCCCAGCCAGUAAGCUGAGAGUCUACCUGCACUACCAGCCUUCCUACUACCACCUCCACAUCCACUUCAACAAGCUGGGCUACGAGGUUCCAGGCUGUGGCGUGGAGCGCGCCCACCUCCUCGCAGACGUCAUCCAGAACAUCCAGUCUGACCCCGACUACUACAAAACCCGGACACUGUACUUCCCCCUGAGGGCAGAUGACGGACUGCUGGGCAAGUUCAAAGAGGCAGGACGACUGUGACGUACUGUGUGUACAUGCACUUAAUGUGACUUGAGUCAAAUCAGCGCAUAAUCAAUUGUGUUUAAGCUAUGUGUAAUGUUGUCUAAUGUUUUUCCUGUAUUUUCUACUUGUUACCUUAAUGUUGCUGACUGAAUUAAAGAAUGAUAAUAUAUUCUA